UUAAAAUAUAUGCAUGGUUUGAAAAUGAUGGUCAAUUACACCUACUGGUUUGUUCUAGUACACUGUACAAUUAGACUAUUCUGAAAUUCAGAAAAUUACUUUACAAAACCAGUCUACACAUGCACACAUCAAACUGAACACACUGUCAUAACACAGAUGCAUCGAUGGGGAAGUAACAUAUGGGGAAGUUAUAGGAAAAUGACUAAUUGCAAAUUUGCCUGCAUCUUGAACACUUUUCUACCUGGACAACUGGGACAUUUUUAUUGUGUCAGUUAUGACAAGACCCAACCUGAGCAAAGCUCAUGGACAGCCACACCUAUAAGAAGAGCUGGAAUGCUUUUGUCUUUGGCAGGAGGGUAUAUACAGCAUUACACAACUUGUUCUUGCACCAGGGAGUUUCGCCAUCAUGACUCAAAACAGAUCCAUCAUGAUGAAAAGGACCCCAACUCUCUAUCUGCUGUUCAUCUCAGGAUUUUGCUACCUCACAGUGGGAUCUUCAGACUUUCACCUUAUUACUCUUUUAAAGAACUACCAAGAAGCGAAGAGCCACUGCAGAGAGAUGUACACUGAUUUAGCUACAGUCCACGACGCGACAGAUAUGAACAAUUUGAUUACUUUGGUUUCAAAUACCACUCCCAGAGCCUGGAUAGGACUGGAGAAUGACAAUGUAUGGAUGUGGCACUGGUCUUGGCCUGAUCAAAAAGUGGAUUUUUUUAAAUGGAGGGCAGGGGAACCUAAAGAAAAGAAUGAAGAUGCAUGUGCAGCAAUGGAUGAACGUGGUGAAUGGUUUGAAAGCAGCUGUGGGACUAAAAGAAGGUUUCUUUGUCAUGGCAAUAGUGAUACCGGUGGUCACAUGUUUGUUUCUGAUACCAAAUCAUGGAGAGACGCUCAGAAUCAUUGCAGGGGUUUAUCGUCAGAUCUGGUCAGCAUACACUCAGAAGAAGAGAAUGAGGCAGUACGUAAUGUGUCGGUGUCACGAGAUGUGUGGAUUGGCCUCUUCAGAGAUCCAUGGAAGUGGUCUGAUGGGAGCAACUCGUCAUUCCGUUACUGGAAACCGAUUCAACCGAACUAUCUUGAAGGUCAAGAUUGUGUUGCUGCUAUAUUCAAAGACAAUGGGCGUUGGAAUGACCUGAGAUGCACAGGCAAACGCAAUUUUGUCUGUCAUGGGGCAAAGAAAUCAAUUGCAACAACCACCGAUCAGACAAGUACACAUGAGACUCUUGUAACACAUAAACUGCCAACCAAUCUGACGAUGCCUCCAAACAGUUCAUCUCAAGGGGUCAUAACAUUUCAUUUCACUGUGGUCGCUGUUAGCCACCAAUCAAAUAGCAGUAAUUUUACCACCAAAGAAGCAACAACAGCCAGUAACCUGCCAAUGACAACAACAACAACAACAGCAACAGCAGAUCCUUUGUCAUAUGUGAACUCUACUGUGCUCAACAAUGCAACUACAGAAAUGUCAAGUAUGACAGCGACACAUCUACCACCCACAACUACUGUGCAAGUCUCUGCUUUAACAACACUGACGACUUCAAGCCAGAACACUACACAGUCUUCAACUCUACUGCCCACUGAAAAUAAUCAAGAUUUGACUUCAGGAAACCUGAUAUUAAUCCAGGAAAACAUGACAUGGACUGAAGCUAUGAGUUACUGCAGGGAGCAUCAUUUUGACCUUGUCUACAUUACAUCCAGAGACAUUCAGAAGAAAGUGGCUGAAAAGGCAAGAAACGCCACAUCAGCCCAUGUCUGGCUAGGCCUACGCUACACCUGUAACUUUGACUUUUGGUUCUGGACCAGUUCAGCCACUGGCUGUUACCAGAACUGGGCCCCAGGACAAGGAUCUGAGGUUAAAUAUGACUGUGGUGUUACUGGUGCCAUUGAGGCCACUGGGAGGCAGCAGUGGGUCGGCUUGCCUGAGACAGAAAAACUGAAUUUCAUCUGCCAUGCAUGUGCUGGAUAAGUGAGGAGAUGCUAUAUUUGUGCUAGUUAUACUUGCUUUGCUUGUACAGUUAUGGGUUUAACAUUAAAUACAGUGUUUUUGACUACUGUAACGUUAAGCCAGUGGACUCUGCGUGAGAAGAGAUAUGAUGAUUUUAAUUCUCACUUAUGACAUCACACUUUUACUUUUGUUGAAAUACAGCUGCCUCCUCUAUUGUUGAGACUGAAUUUCAUUAAAUAUGAAAACCUCAUGUGGUGCGUAGGCGUGCAUAUUCACAGUCAUGGGCAGCAAGAGUAAUGUGAGAAGAUUGAUCUGUUCCAUGCCUUUCACUCGGGGGUUACUAUUUGCAUGUUGACCUCCUGGGUUGGGCCCCUAAGAUUGUCUUUUUAGACCACCAAAGUACGGCCCCGAUCCAGACUGCCUGCUGCCCUCACUGACCUGACCUUCACUAGCAGCCACAUGGAGGACAGAGCACACAGACGCUCACCUUCCUGUCUGCACCCUUGAGGUACACGGAUCAUAUAUAACCAUGGGAACUGGCAAUGAUAAAACACUGUCAAUAUUCAAAACUGGAUUUUAUUGAUCUCUGUGACAAACUGUAUGACAUAAAUGCUACUCUUAAUUAACUGUCUUUACUUUUGUUCCAUAGAAGUAGUGGCUGGAGAAAUAUCAUCAGUGUUUGUGUAUUUUUAUUGUACUCCUUUCACUUUUCACAGCACAAUAGAAACUCCAUUGCUUUCCUCAAAUGAAUGAUUUUACAUGAAUAUAUAAAUAGGUUCUCAUUGUCAGUUAGUACAUGUUAAAGUCUAUGUUCCUUGUGGUAGAAAAAGGAGAAACUAUGUGGAAAAACAUUAAAAAUUGUUGCAAAAUAUGUGUUUAUUACUGCAUUUGAUUGUGACUGCUGUCAGUUUCAACUCUUGAGAAACGAAUUAUGAGAUUUGGUGGAUAUUGAGAGUCCUUAAACCACAAUUUAAUAAUAAAAUCUUCUCGUGUCUGCAUCCCACAUUCCUAUGGCCAACUGUUUAAGAGGAAGUGAC